AUGCACAUCCCCGAAAGCCUCCAGGACCUGGCUGACAGUGAGGUCGUGCAGUUUCUGAAGAGGCCAAAGAUCAUGGGGCGGAUCUUGGCAGGGGUCUUCUCCUUGGUCGUCUUCUCGUCCCUGCUGACCGACGGCUACCAGAACAAGACGGACUCCCCGCAGCUGCACUGCGUCCUUAACGGCAACGCCGUGGCCUGCAGCUUCGCCGUGGGCGCCGGACUCCUCACCUUUCUCAGCUGCCUGGGCUUCCUCGUGCUGGACGCCCACGAGGGCCGCCUCGCCAGCUCCCGCUUCAGGACGGCCAUCCAGCUCCUCGACUUCAUCCUGGCGGUCAUCUGGGCCUGCGUCUGGUUCCUGGGCUUCUGCUUCUUGGCCAAUCAGUGGCAGCGCUCGCAGCCCCGGGAGUUCCUGUUGGGCAGCGGCAGCGCGAAGGCCGCCAUCGCUUUCUCCUUCUUCUCCGUCCUCGUCUGGGUAUUCCAGGCCUACCUGGCCUUCCAGGACCUCCACCAGGACGCCUCUGUCCCCUACAAGCGCUCCCUGGACGAGGGGGCCGUAGUGCUGACCACACUCUCCCCACCCUUGACUGCCAGCCCCGCCAGCUCCUCCACCACCGGCCCCCACCGCCUGAACUACGCCAGCGCCGCCCUGUCCUCCUACCUGAGCACGCCCAAGGCCCCCCGCCUGGCCAUGAUGCCCGACGAGUGA